UUCUCAGUGCUUGUCGAAUGGAAGACAUCAACACUCUUUUCUUUAAACAAAUUUUAAUAGAUAUUUAAAUUUUCCAUGGUAGGCUUAGUGCCAUAAUAUGACCUCAAUCACUCUGGGAUUUUUUCUUAUUUGCGUUGUUUGUGGAAUAACUGGUCAACAGAUUCCCGUGCAAACUCUCCACGCAGUUGACAAUCGCAUAAAAGCCCAGUACCCCUCCGAGUCCAGAUACCCUGAUCAGAAUACCAAAAGAGAUUUCAAACGUGAGAAGCUCAUGAAAAUCCGAGAAUUGGAAACACAACGUAGUAGGCGACAACUCGAAGAAAAAAAGAGAAUCCAUGAAGUGAACAGGUUAAAACAUCAGAUGUCUGAUUCAGCUCAGCCGGCUGAAGCCAGAAGGCACCACUCAGUUUAUAAUCCUCUCACCUGGACCGAUAUCUUCGUGGAUGUUUUAAUAGGACAUGGGAGGCCUGGAGGUUUUCACAGAGUUCAUCGUCGUUCGAAAAAAAAGAAGAUGAAGAAAAUGCCCCACAAUGGAAACUUUCAAUUUCAUAAUCAACCACAUGUGAGCCAUUUUGGAAAUCCUGGCUGGUAUUCCGUAAGUCAUGGAGUUGUAAUUUCUUUUGAAGGGAAUCUCCAUCCCUACGAAAUAAUCAAAAACUUUGCCGACAUGGCCCCACAACCGGACUUAUUUUCCUGGUUCAAGCCAUCUCAAGGAUUCCCUCCAAUCCAAAAUAAAAUUGCACCUGGAUUCCAUGACAGCGCACGAUAAAAAUUCCAAGAAAAAAUAAUGACAAACAUGGUCGACUUCAGAGCAAGAAAUGGAAGCGUCAUCAGCAGAAAAAUAUCAACAGAGUAGCAAUGAUUUGCAGAGUGAUUUUUCAUAUAGUAUAUCGAUUAGCAAGGCAAUUAGUUCAAGCUAUUUCGCAGAAACGCAUCAUUACAAUUGCACAUAAGCGAUUAAUUACGAUAGAUAUUAUCAUUUGUCAAUCGUCAUAUUUUAUGAUUUUUUUUUCAUGUGAAAUUACGAUUUUUAUGACGAAAUAAAGAAAGAUUUCCAAUGGUAA